AUGGUGAAGAUGAGUACUGAUAUUGAAGCCGCGUUGAGGAUCCAUGAGGCCUUAGAGAAGUUUAACGUAAAGCUAACCCCGGAUGAUGUGAGGCAACGAUGGCGUAUUUUCCAAGUGCCGAAGGAUAUUGAUACGGAGCUCGAACAAGCUAGGGAGAAUUGGGCUCUCACUGAGAAGGGGUUUUCUAAGGAUAUGGCAGAUGAGAUGGAACUUUUCUUGGAGACUCUGGACGAUAUAGAAGGCACUAUCCUCACCUUUUAUCGGUUCAAUGACCUCAGCAAGUGUCAUGAAAUAUACGCUAACGCUCAGUCUGUUAACGAGCGGCUGAGGGACGCAAGUACGGCAGCGAAGCAGUUCAAUGCGAGGGAGGUGCUACUGGGGGUUGAGGAGGUUACUGAUUACAGUAGGGUCGGGACUUUGGCCAAGGAAUGGGAGCCUUAUAAUAACUUUUGGAAAAUUGCUCAUGAUUGGGUACUCGAUGAGCCCAAGUGGCGCCAUGGUCGCUUUGAUAGUAUUGAUGCUGGAGAUAUGGACAACAAAGUCGGGUCGGGAGGAAAACAGUUGCAUAAGAUCCUCCGACAGCUGAGCUCUACUCCGGAGAACGCUACGUUGAUUGAGGUGGCAGGCGAGGUGAAGAAGCAGUUGGAAGAUUUCGAACCGUACGUCCCUAUAGUGAUGGCCUUGAGGAACCCCGGCAUGAGGGAGAGGCAUUGGGAGGCUGUAGGGCAGUUGUUGGCCCGGGAGGACGAGGAACCGGUUAAGGUUGGUCCGAGCUAUGCUGAUGAUAAUAUGGAUGGGAGCACGAACUUCAAUCUGGAGGCACUACUGGGCAUGGGCAUCCUCAAAGUGACGGAUAAGGUAGCGGAGGUUGGCGAGAGAAGUGCUAAGGAGUUCAGUAUUGAGAAACAGCUGAGAGGCAUGCAGGAGGCUUGGCAAACGGUCGAGUUCGACUGUAGAGAGACUUAUCGUAAUACUGGUACUUACAUAUUGAAGGGCUCUGAGGAAGCGUCGAUGCUACUGGAUGAGCAUAUA